AUGGCGAUCGGAGAGUUUCAAUCGGAAUCAUUUGGUACUUGUUCCCUUCCCUCGCUUCCAGAAGAUGUAUUUGCUGUUAUCUCUCGUUUUCUUUCUCCAAGCGACAUUUGCAACCUAAGCUUUUGCUGCAAAAGUCUCUGUGACCUUGUGGGUUCCGAGGAGAUCUGGCUUGCACAGUGUGAGCUUGUAAAGGCUCUUCCUUUAUCUGAAAUCUUACAGUGGCGAAUCGGGAUUCGUUCUUACAAGGUGCUUUGUCGGUUUCUUGUAGAGGUGAUGAAACCUCUGGUUGGUAUUUGGGUUCAACAAAACCCUGAACUUGGGAAUGUUGUUUAUGUGAUGCCUGGUUUCUUGUCUGUUGUUGGUUGCCGGAUAAUUCCACAAAAGGUUGGUCCUUUGGGGAUUCAACAAGGUCCGGUUAUGUGGUCGCCAGUGUUUGAGAUAAUCUGCGGUUUUGAUGGCUCCAACAAGUUUUUCCUCCAUGGAAGAGAAAGGAAAGACAGUUGCUUGUACCCUGUUGUUGUUACAGGCAUCGAGAAGACUUGCAAUGUGCUUCAUCUCGAGGUUGAGCCAAGGCGAGGGAAGAGUUUGUGCAGUGAGGAUGAGAUUGAGAGAGAAGAAACUUCAAGAAAAGUAUCAUUCUGGGAUCUCAUUUUAAGCGAUAAAAAGAGCGUACUGGAGCUAGUAACAAGCCAUGUAGGUUUACAUGCGCCUGAACCAUUGAUAGGAAAGUUGUUUCCUACUUCUAAAGAUGAUGAAAAGAUGUUGUUGGAACGCAGAACCAUGCUCCUUAAAAUGCACAAGUUUGGUGGCAAUUGGAAGCACAAGAACCUCGAGGAGGAGUUGUGUUACAAUCCUACGCAGGUAGACAUUGACAGGAUGUUGAAGGCUCUUGCUAGUGACAAUAAGGAUAUAUACAGUGAUGAUGAUGAUGAUGAUGAUGGUGAUGAUGAUGAUGAUGAUGCUGAUGGUGGUGGUGGUGGUGGUGCUGCUGCUGCUGCUGAUGAUGAUGAUGAUGAUGAUGAUGAUGAUGAUGAUGAUGAUGGUGGUGGUGGUGGUGAUGGUGGUGGUGAUGGUGGUGGUGAUGGUGGUGGUGGUGGUGAUGAUAGAGAGAGUAAGACAGAGAAUCUCAAGAGCUUUCUUAGCGCUGGUGAUACAUUUGGUCUUAGUCUCAAAGCUUCCUACACUGAGAUCCCUUCUUACUUAGGCUGGCCUGCAAUGAGUUUUAACCACUUUUCUCUUUAUAAACUACCGAUCAAGAGUCCCAUGAAGGACCAAGUGUAUGCCGGUUUAUGGGGAGGAACUUUUGGAUGGCCACCAGGGGAAGAAGAAGGUAAAUCUGGCAAUGCUUUUUACUUACUGAUGCUCACUUAUGAGCAGUCUAAUAAGGAUAGUGAUAAGACACUUCUUCUCGGGAGAAAAAUACUCGAAGGCACUGACUAUGUGGAUCAUCCUAAUGGGUCUCGUAUGUUUGCUGUGGAUAUCGACACACCACCUUCCCUUGAGCCCUUUCCGUUUGAUGGAAGAGACUUUGAGCAUUCUUUCAAGGGAGAUGGUAUCGCAGAUGGUUAUGGAUUCCGUUAUCCAGGUUCAAAACCCGGUUCUCUUUUCGCGAUCUCUAAUGAUCUUCUUGCAUUUGUUUGGCGAGAAAGUAAAGAAGUGUUUACAUUGCAAAGACUAAACCUUGAAGAGAUCUUGAAGAAAGGUUCAGGUGUGUGCGUCCCUCCUCUGCCUCCAAGUAUGAAUUUUACUUACAUGGAAAGAUCUUACACUAACGUGUUUCUCGAGUCAUAA